AUGAGUGACAGAUAUUCGCCAAACUAUUCUCCUCGGCGAAAUCAACAAGAUGAUGAAAAUCGAUACAGGCAAUAUCUGGAAGCAGAACAACCCAGCAAACCAGUUCCAUCUCAGCCAGAUCAAAUUCAGAAAGCUGCUGGAUUUGCUAUUGGAUUAUCAAGUGUGUUUGCUGAACAGAUUCUAUCUCAUCCAUGUAAAGUUAUAAGAAGACAGUGUCAGGUUCAUCAUAAUGGAGAGUGGUAUCAUUUGACACCCUUUACAUUAAUACAAGUAUUGAUAAAUCGUUACAGACAUCAGGGAAUGGGGACAAUAUGGAAAGGUUUAGGUAGUGUUUUUGUUGUUAGUGGUUUUAUUAUGAUAUCUGAUACAGUUAUUAGUGAAAUAACACCUUUACCAAAAGAGGUAUCAAGACACAGUAGUAUAAAAAAAGAUUUACAACAUGUUCUUCUGAAAGGUUUGACUUUUGCCCUGACUACACCUUUGUUUGCUUCUAGUUUAAUUGAAACUAUACAGAGUGACAUUGCAAGUGAGAGGCCAGGUGUUUUCGAUUGUAUUAAAGAAGCUGCUACCCGUAUUAUGGGAUGGGGAAUGCCACAGACUACCCGACUGCUACCCAUCUGGAAGUUAGUUCUACCAACAGUUAUAUUUCGUGUGGCUCAUUAUGUAAUAUGUUCUGUAGCUCAAUAUACUGUUGUAUCAUCUAUACGCUCAGAUCAACUGGAAGAUUGGGAUAGCCCAGAUGCAUCAUCUUCUAUGAGUCAAACGUUAUAUGACGAGUACUUCCCAGAUUUAAUCGGUACAUUUUCUGGUGCCAUAAUAGCAGACAUAGCGCUAUAUCCUCUAGAAACAGUACUGAAUAGAAUGUAUAUACAAGGCACAAGAACCAUCAUAGAUAACAUGGAUACAGGGUUUGGUGUGAUCCCCAUUAAUACUGGAUACGAGGGCUUUGUGGAUUGUUUCCAGUCAAUUGUUAUUGAAGAAGGACUACAAGGUUUAUACCGAGGUUUUGGAGCUCUGUUAUUACAGUAUGCUAUCCAUGCUGCUAUAUUGCGAAUGGCUCGGAUUUUAUUUGUGAAGUUAACAGAUACCUAUAGACCUAAACAACGUCGAUCUAUGCCUCCAAUGUCACCUAAUCCUGCUUUAUCUACUAGUGAUUCCAAGUAUUCUCCUCUUAGACCACCUAUCAAUCCAAACUCUCCAAGCUAUUAUCAAUACAGAGAAUAG